AUGUGUACCUUUGAAAAUUAUGGUUGCUACGGUCAACAAUUUCCACAACAUAGUGAUAUUCCUAACCUCCGAGAAACAAGAGUUCCAACCUCAGAUUUUCAGUUUAAUGGCCUCUCGUAUUCCGACUAUCUUCCGUGUAACGACUCGUCCAAAUACCAAGAUUUGAACUCUUCAAACUACAAUAGUUUCUCUUACCAAAGCUGUUCUGAAACCAACCAGAAAGGCUUGCCACUGAAAAGACCACCGAGCUAUGAUGAACAUAUGCAAAUGGAAGCCAAAAGGAUGCUGUCAACAUCGUCUGGUUCACAAGCUGAUGACGUAGUUUCCGGUUUGCUCAGUGAUGUCAUGGAGUGUAUUAUGCAAGAAAAAAUGAAAGACGAAGAACGAAAAGGUAAAAAAGCAGCAGCCGUUCAGCUUCGACGUUUGGCCACACUUCUAGUAUCAGUAUUACAACCACUCUCAGUGCCAAAAUAUGCCAAACACGCAAGUGCCGGCGUCCUAUUCCGACCAAUCGUACAACAACUCAACAGUAACGGACGUUUCAGAUCUCACUAA